GAAGGCAAAAUCCCAAUCGGCUCCGUGCUCCCUACAUUAGUGCACUACAUGCACUACGAGCGAAUGGUUCCUACACCCUAAGUCGUGCUGUGUGUGUGUGUAAUUUGGGACCGAGGCAUCAUGCGGAGCUGAACGCUGAAAGGGAGGAACCCCGACACGGAUACGUGCUGGACGUGAGAUCUGUGGAUCAUGACUGAGAUUUCUGCCACUUUACAGCAGUAAACGUAAAGCGCGAGAGCACGUGCGCGGUGUGUCCGGGUUUGUGCAACAUCGCGAGGUUGGAUUCUAGUAGCUGGGUGAAAGCAUGGAGCUGGACCGGAGACUCCUGCUGGCGCACUGCGCCGCCCACGCCCUGUCUGUUAUCGCAGGCCUGCUGGUCGUGGUGCCGUUAGCGCUGAACGGCUCCGCGUUUAAAGGCCGCUGUGCGCUCUUCAGUCAGGGCUUCUGGCGCUCCGAGAACCAGAGCGCGAGCGGCGCGCAGCUGGACGCGGGGACGCACCUGGUGGUGCAGCAGUGGGGGCCGCCGGCCGCCUGCCAGUUCGCCACGUUCGUGGGCGUGUUCACGGUUCUGUACGGAGCUACACAGAGCUGGAGGAGUUUAUUUUACCUCCACCGCCGUCACGACGACACCUUGUUCUCGGCCUUUCUCACACUGCUUCUGAGCCUGUGUGUGCUCUUCCUUUCUGGAGGAGCAAGUGUGAUUCUGACCCUCGGCCUCGUGUCCUGGUGCAACACCGUCACUGAUCACAACACCCGACCAUACAGCUGUGCUGAGUCGCAGUCUGUACCCCUCUACUUGGAUGUGGAAACCUCUUCGUUCUACUCAGAGCUCACCUGUGCACAGGUCUCUCUGUGGUGCGUAACAGCUCUGUGGUUGGUUCACUCCAUUCUGUCCUUCCUGAGACUCUACCACUCUCACAGUCAGCAGAUCAGCGGACCGUGUCUGUCCCGGGAGAAGGAGCUCCUGCUGGGCCAGUCUCACGUAGAUUGUCCCCUGCAAUGCCAACACCCUCACCCUCCACAACCACCUGCUGUUUUUAUUUAAUCCCUUAACUAUCCCCUAAAUGUGCUCUUUUAUGGUGAUCCACAAAUCAUAAGCUUUUUUUAGUGUUGGUUAUACUAAGUUUGUGGUAGUGGAAGCAUAAAAGGUGCAAGAGUUCUGAAGAAGAAGCUCCAUCUUUUACAUGGAGCAUCCUGUAACGUUGCACUACAAACCUGUCCAUGCAUGUCUGUGAAAAACAUAAUGAAGAACAGUGAAAACACAAAAACCUAGAAAAACCAAGAACGAGAAAUGAAUGUCUUACAAAUAAGCUAUACGUAUUGUUUACACAAUGUUGCUUUAGUCGUUACUUAUUGUACUGUAAUUGUGUUUGUAAUAACCUUUAGUUGUGUUGUUCCAACUUUACAAGUGAUUGCACCAACACAAGUUUGUUAACCACUUUUAAACAGGGUCUUUAGUAUGUAGUAUCCUAGGAUAAAUGUCAUUUAAUGACAUGAAGCAUUCAUUCACUUGCAGAAAGAAUAAUGUCGCAAAAAUCUUGCAGGAUGCAAGUAAAAGUAACAUGAUGUAAAGUGAAUGGGAAGGAAGACUAGCAUGUUGCAUGUGCUCAGUUCAGACCCAUGCUGCUUUACUGUAAAUGUACAUUGCUAUGUAUGCUUCUGUUGCAUGCUGCAGAGUGUACAGUCCUGUGUUGCUUAAACACUUUCUCCCUGCCACAUGAAGGUUUCUUGUAUGAUGCUGUGUGUGUAAAUGCAGCUCUGAGGAAACAGCCACUUGCAGAGGUGCCAACAUUUAUGGUUUAGUCAUAGCAUUUAUGAUUUUUGACCCCUUGCUAAGGGACAUCUGAAAACUUCAGCAGUUAGGCUAUAUAUGAAUAAAAUUCAACUGGUGGAAAAACAGUUCACUGAAGGGAAAAGGACAUGGACAUUUGCUUCUGGUAGCGGUUACUUUUCCUUCACACUGAAUUUUGACCUGUGAAUUCAUGAGCCUCGAUCGUGUGAGCCAGUACAGCGCAAAUCAGCGAGACUGUGGUCUCUUUGCUUGGUUAAAUAUGGAGGAGUUGCUAAUUAUUAAGUAUUGGUCACACCAGAUUUUUUCCACACUCUUCUCUUACUAUUGCUUGGUGUGUCUGGGAAAAAAAAACCAAACACAUUAGCUAUCUCAUCCCGAGACAUAAGCUGAGAUUUUUGGGACAAAUUUAGUUUUUUCCCCCUCUAGUUUUGCCUGCCACAAUUUCCUUGUUAGCAAUGUUGGCAUCUCUGUUCUGUUUGCCCUGCAUGGGCCCCUGGUUGUAAUUCAGAAUGUGAUAUCAGUCAGGGAGGAGCAUGAAAAAAAAAAAAAAAAAAUUCAAGGAAUGUGCUCCAUGUCUUUGACCCCUGACCUCCCUGAACUGAGUGGCUGUGGUGACACACACAUAGCUGAGAGAGAAACUGGAGGUAAAGGGAGAGAAAUGUAUGUAAAUGUGAUUAUUGCUAAUGCUCAUGUUUUAUACUGCUGUUUGUACCAAUAUUAUAUCUAUAAUUUGAUAUCAACUCGUGACUAGUAAAAAAAAAAAAGCAUAUAAAAUCCA